AUGGUGGUAGUUCAUGAAAUUUGUGCACGCGUUCAAAAUGGCUUUAGAGCCCGUUUACAAAGUAUUGCUGUUCCAGAUACAAAAAUGAACCUUGCGAUUUCCAUGAUCCUUUAUCGGCAGGGUUUUAUUUCUUCUGUACAACGUGGUAAUCACCUUGAACCAGAUAAAAAUGUUGUCAAAACUCAACCACACAAUAUUGCAAGUCGAAGGUUAUGGCUUGACCUUAAAUAUCGAGACAAUAAACCAGUUUUACAAAAUAUGUCUUGCGUUAGCAAGAGUUCAAAAAGAGUAUAUAUGAACGUUGAAGAGCUUAAAAAUCUGACCACUGGAAAGAGGGCUAAAUUUAUUCCACCUUUAAAGCUCGGUGAAAUUGCUAUCAUUGGGACAUCUCGUGGUGUCUUGGAAAUUAAAGAAGCUAUUGAGCAAAAUCAUGGUGGAGAAGUACUUUGUAGGGUUAUCUAA